ACAGAAAAAAUCGUUUCCUCCAAACUCUGUGAAACAGAAGAAAAAAAUCAGAGAAGAAAGGGAAAUAUUCAACCAUGAAAUUUCUUCUUUCUCCUUCCUUCUUCUUGUUCAUUUCCUAAAUUCAUUUCUUCCAGAUUCAUUGCUGUCUUUUUCUCCUUAAGGUUUUCGGAAUACUUUUAAUUUAACAUGUAAAUUAUUUCUCCUCGGAGGCAUUGGAUUUUAUGUGGAUUUAAUAAAAAAGGAGCACUUAAGGAGAAUUUGUGGCUUCCAUAGUUGAACAACAAAAAUGUCGUGCUGUGGAGGUGGAGAAGAAGACGUCUACAGUGGUGGCCAACCAUCCAAUCAAAAUACAGCUCCUCCUAAAGCUGGCAAUCCCUAUGGUGGUGGUACUGGGGGUGCUAGUGAAAGAGGAGAGCCAAGGAGUGCAGCAAGAGGUGGAGCUCCUCAGAAAGUAUUACCAAUUGAGGCUCCAGUGUUUACUUUGGAUGAACUAACUAGAUUAACUGGCAACUUUGGUCAGAAAGCUUUGGUUGGAGAGGGAUCUUAUGGCCGCGUUUUUUGUGCUAAAUUGAGCAAUGGUCAGCAAGCAGCAAUCAAAAAGUUGGAUACUAGUUCUUCACCAGAACCAGAUUCUGACUUUGCAGCCCAGUUAUCGAUGGUUUCAAGACUUAAACAUGAGCAUUUCAUGACUCUCAUGGGCUAUUGUCUCGAAGGAAACAAUCGUAUAUUGGUAUAUGAGUUCGCAACAAAGGGCUCUUUACACGAUGUAUUACAUGGUAGAAAAGGUGUACAAGGUGCUGAGCCAGGUCCUGUUCUUACCUGGAAUCAGAGAGUUAAAAUUGCUUAUGGUGCAGCAAAAGGCCUCGAAUACCUACAUGAAAAAGUUCAGCCGCCUGUAGUUCAUCGUGAUGUCAGAUCCAGCAACGUCUUACUCUUUGACGAUUUUACAGCAAAAAUUGCUGAUUUCAACAUCUCAAACCAAUCUUCAGACACAGCAGCGCGUCUGCAUUCCACUAGAGUUUUGGGAACGUUUGGCUACCAUGCUCCAGAGUAUGCCAUGACAGGACAGAUUACACAGAAAAGUGACGUUUAUAGUUUUGGCGUCGUCCUCUUAGAACUCUUGACAGGAAGGAAGCCAGUAGAUCAUACAAUGCCCAAAGGACAACAGAGUCUUGUCACAUGGGCAACUCCAAGACUGAGUGAAGACAAAGUGAAGCAGUGUGUUGAUCCCAAGCUAAAUAAUGACUAUCCUCCAAAAGCAAUUGCAAAGUUGGCAGCUGUAGCAGCACUUUGUGUUCAAUAUGAGGCCGAUUUUCGGCCAAAUAUGACAAUUGUUGUCAAAGCACUGCAACCACUUCUCAACUCAAAACCUGCAGGACCAGAGUCUCAAGCAUAGUACAUUUCUGGUUUGAAACCAGCACAGGGCAAUUCUUAGGAGUCUCAACAAGUCUGUGAUUCAAGUUAUGGUUGCGAGGACCUUGUUGUUAUGCUUUCUUUUGACAAAAACUUACUCAUAGUCGGUGUUUACGUCAAACUAUAUUUCCAUGGUAAAAAAUGAGGAAAAAGUACAUGUAGAUUAACCAUGGAUAAGUGAUUAAAGUGCAUGUACAAGACAUAUUUCAUGUAUUCAUUGGAUUGGUGUAAACAUAGUGUAGGUAAGUUUUUUCACUUUCUGAUCCAAUAUGUUUUCAUAAUGCUCGAAAGAACUUUUGAAAUUUUGGGGUUGAAUCAAAAUUCUCAUAGCUAGUUUAGUUGUGAGUUGUGACAUGUUAC